AUGUCAAUCGGAGAGUGGACGAAAACAUCCGAGCAAAGAUCGGAAAAGAUCUAUAAAAUGCUGCCAAAGUGCUGCUGCGAGAAUCAGAUCAUUCCGACGGCAGUUAGGUUGUGGAUCGGCUCGACUUCUGUUGUUAUGUUAAAGGACGUGUUUAUUUGGGCCCUCGUGGUUUCGGUGGUAGCUACUGCUAGCGUUGACCCACGAUGCUCCCGUUAUAGCCAAGGUAUGGAGGCGCAGGUGUUGCCUCACCUGAAUGACUGCCGCAAGUUCGUUAUCUGUGAUAUGGGUGGUAACGGGCAGGUGCUACCGUGUCCGACCGGGCUCUACUUCAGCGCCACAGAGCACGCGUGUUCGUACGAUCAGUCCGUUUGCACGCACGGUGAACUGACGGGUACGAACAACAUCGUACCGAUGGUACCAAACCUUCCGGAACCACCGCAGCCAGUGGUUCCCGUGCAGCCCAAGCCAGAGCCAGAGCCGAAGCCGUUGCCCGAGCUCCAGCCAUUGCCCAUACCUACACAGAUUCCGGUAGUUGUACCGCCAGCAGUAGAAUCGAUCGAGAUUCAUCCAAAACCACCGGUUUCAAAUUGGCUUCCGAUCGUCACUGCGGCUCCAACGACUGUAGCACCUGUACAAGAACAGACGGAAAGCGAACAACUUCACCUCCAGAGCGUCUGCUGGGAUCAACCGGCUGGGAAGGUUUACCCAGUCGCCCACGAUUGCGGUCUGUACGUCGUUUGCAUGGGUAACCACAAUGCGAUCGUUCAACGUUGCCCUAAGAGUCUGUUGUACGAUCACAAGCAACAGCGUUGCGAGUUUGCUGAGAUGUCUUUCUGCGCAACACCUCGUGCAGAAGAUCGCUUGGUGCUCGAUAUCCACGGUGUAAAUAUGGCCUUGCUCGAAGCAGAACGACAGGAAUUGCUUGCCGAGCAGCAGUACGCAAAUCCCGCCAUUCCGGUGGAGGAGAAGGCAUCCCCACCGGAGCUGAACGAGCAGCAUCAGAACAUCCCGCAGGUAGUUAUCGUACGUGAGCCUGAAUAUGUGGCCGCACCUGAGCCAGUAGUAGACCUCCGCAUCAUUGAUAAGCAUCCGCGGUGCCUUUCGCGGAACAAUCUGGCCCUGACCGUUGAGCUGGCGCAUGAUACCGAUUGCUCGAAGUAUCUGGUGUGCGUUGGGCAGAUCGCUUUCGAGAAGCGGUGUCCGGCCGGGCAACACUGGAACGCAAAACGUAGUUGGUGCGAUUUCCCAUCCGCCGCUGGCUGCACGCUGUAG